CAAAAGGCAAAGCGAAAGCAAGACGGCAGCCGAGCUCAUCGGUAGCCUCGCCGGCGUCGAGCCCCAUGGGCCCUCCGCAGCCUGCCCCUCAGUCGGCGAUGCCAUCGCAGUCGGACAGUCAGGUGGUCCUGAGCCCGCCUGUGCCCGCGCCCCUCGCUGCCACCCUCCGCUCUAACCAGCUGGGCGCCGACGUCACCGGCAAGACAAACAUCCCCGCGCUCAGACACGAUAUGCUGGAGCUCACGCACCACCUCGACCGCCUCACCCGCACCCAUGCCACCGACCGCGCGGCCAUCCGUGAUGCCCUGCUGAAGCUCACGAUGGCCGUUGACGACCUCCGCAACGACGCGUCCCCGGCUACCUCACCCACCGUCGCAUUCCGUGACCUUGAGCAGCGUGUUCAUCGCCUUGCUCAGGGACUCGAACGAGAGGAGGACACCCGCGCCCGCGAAAUCGGUGUCAUGGAUGUCCGCCUCGGCUCCGUUGAGGAUGACACCCGCGACAUUUCGCGCUCCGUCACCACGGUCAGCCAGGAGCUCGCCGGGGCCAUCAGCGCACUGUCGCAAAUCCGCGCGACCCUAUCAACGAUCACCCAGCAGGUCGGCGACCUCAGCAACAAUGCGCGCGCUCUUGUGGCGGCGCCAGCGCCCACGCGCGAGACCGCACUCACGCCGUCGACCCCUCACGAGUCACGCAGGCGUGAACGACAAGUCUCCCCCUCCCCUGCACCUACCCAGGCCUUCCAGCGGCGCCUUCCACGCCCUCCCCAGCCUAUCCCCACGGAUGGCCACGGCGCGGAGGGACGCCCACCCAAAAGAGCCCGCGGGAACGGUCAGCGCGGCCAGCAUCAGCCUCAGCUCGCGCCCGUCCCCGCACCCCUCCCCGCGCCUGUCGCUGGUCCGGCAUCGUUUACAGUCCGGUUUGGGGCAGUGGGCUGGUCGGCUGACCCAGCUUCCCUGCGCGCGGAGGUCCUUUCCACGGGCCACUUGGCGUGGAACGCCAUCCCGAACGUCUUUGAAUCGGUAAUGGACAUCCGCCGUGAUCCUGUAGAUUCGCGUUUUGCCCUCCUGCGCUUCCCGACUCGCUACCUUGCUAGCACUUUUGUCGAAGCGUGGGUGCAGCACGGUCACCGCGAGCAAUCGCUGCGUACCGUACACGCUGUGAUACUGUAGGGCCUGUUACACUACUCCAUGCCAAAAAUAUGUCUGAGAUGUAUGCAUAGCGAGAACGUCGACGUCUCAAUAAAAUCCUACCCCUUGCGCAUUCUUUCGUGGAAUGUGCAUGGGAACCUUGC